AUGGCGGAUUGUGGGGGUGACGAGUUCUAUGCAGCUCUGGACAAUGAGCUUCAAAAGGUGGAAUUAGCCAUAGUAUCGAAAUGCAAUAUGAAUCCGCAGAUUCGUGAUGAUGCGAAGAAGGCUUUGGGUGAGAUUAAAAGUUUGAUUACUAGGUAUGUUGAGCAUGUUAAAUCUGUAAAUUUUCGUGAAGCUUGUAAAGAAAGCUUAUUGAAUUCAGUCAUGCAAACGAAAUCGUAUGCUAAUGCUGUGGCGCCAUCUGUUGGGACAAAUCAGACUGAUUCAGAUUGCUUGAAUUGUUUUUUUCAUAACAAUAAAGUAAUGGUGAAAUGUGCUUCGGGAUAUGAUAAAGAAAAACUGUUUACUGCUUUGCAGGAAGACUCAUCUAUUUUGAAUCCCUCUAUUCCAAGACGAAAAUAUCCUACAGAUUUAUUUAAAAAUGUGCCAAACAGCAUUAGUAAUGAUGAACUGUUAAAAAUUAUUGAAGAACAAAAUCCUGAAAUUACCGUGAGUGAAGAGACUUGGAAAGACGUUAAAGUUCGCUCUACUUUAAAAAAGUUUCAACGUGAGAGAAGCGUGGUUAUUGAGGUGCAUCCUGCUGUGCGCAAGCGUAUUUUAAAUUUUGGGCGUAUUAAAGUGAUGUGGAAUAUGUGUAAAGCUGAAGAUUUUGUUGUUUUAAAUAGAUGUUUUAAAUGUUUAGGCUACCACAGAAGUCUUGAUUGCAGAAAUCCCUUGGCUUGUUAUUGCUGCUCUGGUGAGCAUAAGAGUUCAGAAUGUGAUAAAAAAGAAGUGCAAGUGUGUAUUAAUUGCAUAAGAUUUAAUAAAAAGACGGAAAACGCAACUAAGAAAGUUGAUGUAAAUCAUAAGCCAUUUUCUGGAACUUGCCCCAGCCAUACUUUUAUGAUGAAUUUUGCAGCUUCAAAAAUUUAUUAUGG